AAUAUGCUUAUAGCAUUCUUACUGAUACAAAUUCUUCUAUUGCUAACCUUGCACUAUCAAAAAAUAAAGACAGUUCUGUAGUUAGCAAAUAUUCAGAUAAUCAAUUUAAAUUUCGUGAUGUAAUAAAUCUUGCAAAAGCUAAACUUCUUGGAAUAUUAAGCAUUGUAUCAGAACUUGUUAGGGCAUACAUGGCUACUCUGAUUGCAAUUGACAAAGAUUACGAAAAUUAUAUUAUCACAUACCUUUCUGAACCUAUACUUUCAGAGGCUUUAUUGGAAUUAAUGUCAAAGGGAAAUAUUUGGAAAGAAGUUCUUCAAGAAUUAGAUUACACUUUUCGAUUAGGUGGUAUUCUUAAUGCUAGUACUCAAGGUUCAGCAUAUAUUAAUAAAUCUUUAUUAGAGAUAUAUUGCUAUGAUGAAGAAUAUAAACAAUUUAAUAAUACUUUAUUAUAUGACCUUCAUAAAUAUAAAAUAAUCUUUCAAAGUCUUUUACAUUUAUGGACUGACCCAAUCCGAUUGGCUAAAGAGGAAUAUAAUGUUGAACAAUUUUUACAUCAAAUGAUGCCUUAUACAUAUUUCAGAAAAAGAGAUGAAAGGUUUACUACUCUUGAUAUCAUCUCAAGCUACAAUUCAAAGGUUGAUUCUGAAUGUAAAAUAGAGACAGCUUUAGACAAUACAGAUACAUAUUAUUGUAAAGUUGUAAGAGAGUAUCAGAUAACACUUUCUGGCUGGAAUUAA